AUGACCAAUAACUGGGAAAAUCCGAAAAGUAUGAAGAAGAGCGAUAGUUCAACGGAAAAUACGAAAGCAUUGCUCGAGAAAUCUAAAGCCACAAAAAAAGUGUUUGGAAAAUCAUCAACACCAAGUUUUGAUAGCUCAACAAGCACUGAACCAAAGGUGCCUCUAAAAGAAGAACAAAAGCUUGAAGAAAAGCUUAGUCCAGCGCAGAUGACUAUAAAUAUGUUUGAGGGACUAGCAAAUGCAUAUAUAAUGACAGAAAAGCCCUUUACCGAGAGUGAAGCAAAUACAAAUAAUAGCUCUGAACCUGAAAAUAAAAUGAUGGUAGUGAAUGAAAACCCCAUCCAUUCUACUUCAAAUGAGAAUGAAUCCCUUGAUGGCUACUCCCAGUCGACUGAUGUAACCAUAGAUGAGCUAAGAGAGAAGAUUAAGGAAAUACUGAGCAUUCCAUUACCAGAAGACAGUCAAGAAGAAUUGAAGGAAGAUGAAGUCAAUUUACGGCAUGAGGAAAAUAUGAAAAUAUUAAAGCAGAAGCUUAGAUUGAAUAUGUCGGAAGAAAGCCAUGAUUCUGAUGAAGAACAAUUGAUGACUAGCGAUGUAUCACAAUCAAAAGGUACAAUUACAGAAAGCGUGGUAAGAACCAGUGUGCCUUUUAGGAAGAGCAAAGGGUCAAACAUUCCAAAAUAUAAUCUCGAGGAGGCUAGAAAGAUAUUUACACGUAGCUCGCCAAAAAAUACUUCAAAAAGGAAGUCUGCACUCGAUCACAAAGUGACUGAUCUUACGCAGGAGACAUUGUCGAUUUCCAAGCAGACACCAACAGUACUAAAAACGGAAGCAUUCAAGGAUAAAAUGCCGAUACUUGAAGACAGUGAAGCUUAUAAAACAUAUUACAAAGAAAGGGAAAUUGUGGAAUUGGCAAAAAAGCCAAAAGGCGAAGCAAUACAUGAGGAAAUACAAGUCGAAUAUGCAGAGAUCAAUACAAAUAAAGAAAGAAGAAGUUUUAUACGGUCCUUCCUAAGGCUGGUUUCAUGUGGAAGGAUAUAA